AAAGGGGGUCUUAAAUUGGAGGAGAGGCUUAAUAGGGCUAAGUUUGUGUAGGAGGUGGGGGGUUAAUAUUACAAUUUCAAAUGACCUUAAACCUAGAGGUUGGCUUCUUUAUGGACUUUCAUGUACAUGAAGGCAGCACAGUCCAUGCACACUCUGUAGGUGGCUGGUAAGCGUGAUCUGCCUUUUGAAACUUGGCAAUAAUGGAAGUGCAAUUGUCUUGAAGUGUUGCCAGUGACACAAUUGCCUGUUUGGAAAAGCAAUAUGCCGCAGAAUCGAGCAAGGUCUGCAUCAAAGAGUAGAGGUACACUAACAACAGAGGGGUGGUAAAAAAAGAUUCCAAGUAAGGAGAACAGAAGAAAAUGUGUGGGAAAAACAAACAGCAUUGGUGACCCUGAAUAGUGGGGUGUCACGUAAGUGUCUGGGUGAAAUUUUGGCACUUCCCAGGCAUGGCUGUAGUUUUGCAGGGCAGGGGCGUUCAGCAGCCAGACCCACCCUGCACCCCUUGUGCCUGCCGCCCUGCAGCAAAGGGGCAGCAGAUCCUAAUAGAAACUCCCACUCCUAAAACUGGUGAGAGAGAGAGAAUAGAAAGGGGAGAUAACAGCACUGUACAGUAAAAUUCCUGGCACCCUUCCAGCUUUUGCAACCAUGCCUGCUGCUCAUUCGCAGCUCCCCUCCCAAGCCGCAGGAGUUAAACACCAUCUCUGCCAACCUUGCAGACUGUUUGGAAUAGUUGAAAUGCUUUGACACUCCGGACUGGAUGGCAGGGGAGGCAGUUUACAGUGUCAUUCAUAUGCAAAACUGCACCAUAAAUCCUCAGCCCUGUCUGUGUUGCUGUGGCACCACUAAGCACCCCAUCAGCAUACAGUACAGUAAAAAAAAAGAAAAAAACUCCUGCCAUCUUUGUUUGCAUUGCAGUGACUCAUCAAAAGUCUGCCUUGUACCAACACUGAGAGCAUUCUUCUGGCACUGAGCGUCCUCGGUUUUUCUCUCUCUCUCUCUCUUCUGAAAGCUGAGGCUCUGGGCUGGCAUGUUCUUCAGGUCUCUAAUCAAAGGGUGCUAUUCAUUGCGCAGAGAGCCUCUGAAUGCUAAUCUGCAUCCGGCCACAGUCAUUGACAUGCUAUGCACUGCUGUGUUGGACAUUUUGACUUGCUAAAAACCUUGAGACCCAAAAAAACGGAGGCUUUUUUCCUCGGAUGCUGCUGAUGUAUAUAUUUUUUUCUCCUCUCUUUUCCUCCCUCGACGUUUCCUAGUGAGCCGGAGAAAACAAAGUGGGACGCACUGUCUUCUCUCCUCCCGACCGAUGUCUGGAUACUUGGGACCACUCUGGUGAUAGAAGAUGUGAACAAUCUCUGUUGCAACCCUGUUGAAUGUCCGAAGCCUGCUACGUCACUGCCCAGCCAUGUCACAGAUGUUACACAUAGAAAUUCCCAAUUUUGGGAACACCGUCUUGGGAUGCCUGAACGAGCAGAGGCUUAUGGGACUAUACUGCGAUGUUUCCAUUGUGGUGAAAGGCCAGGCCUUCAAGGCGCACCGUGCUGUCCUGGCAGCCAGCAGCCUAUACUUCAGAGAUCUGUUCAGUGGCAACAGCAAGAGCGCCUUUGAGUUGCCGGCUACGGUGCCGCCAGCGUGCUUCCAGCAAAUACUGUCAUUUUGCUACACUGGGAAGUUGACUAUGGCGGCUAGCGAGCAGUUGGUGGUGAUGUACACGGCCGGCUUCCUUCAGAUUCAGCACAUCGUAGAGCGUGGGACAGACUUGAUGUUCAAGGUGAGCUCACCUCAUUGUGACUCUCAGACCACCAUGAUUGAAGAUACCAGUUCGGAACCCCAGAGCCCCUGCAACCAGACAACAGCUAUCGCCACCUCUGCUUCCUAUGUAAUGUCUCCUUCCAUGCCCAUCCCACUUCUCACCCGAGUGAAAAAUGAGAGCUUGGAGGUUCAGCCUAUUGCGGUACCCAACGUGCCUGGCAAGAGGCCGACGGAGACUCAAAACAGGGACAGCACGGGAGGAGCCUUGUCUGCAGUGGCCCCGCCAAAGCUACAGCGGGUUUCUUACUAUGGUAUGUCUAGCCUAGCUACGCUCUUCCCCAAUGUACAGCAAGUGUCGUAUUCACAAGGGGAGCGCACAAGUCCUAGUGCAAGCAGCAUACCGACCACAGACAGCCCAACAUCCUACCACAAUGAGGAAGAUGAGGAGGAGGAUGAGGCCUAUGACACUAUGGUGGAAGAGCAUUAUGGUCAGAUGUAUAUCAAGUCCACUGGGGGAUACACAGUUGGUCAGGAGAAAGAUCAAAUACAGACUUCACUGGAGAAUCGUUCUUGUGUCCUGAUUCGGAGAGACCUGGUGGCACUUCCAGCGAGCCUCAUUAGUCAGAUUGGCUACCGCUGCCACCCGAAGCUCUACUCAGAAGGUGACCCAGGGGAGAAGCUGGAACUGGUGGCAGGGUCAGGGGUAUACAUCACCCGUGGACAGCUUAUGAACUGUCACCUCUGUGCUGGAGUGAAGCAUAAGGUCCUUUUAAGACGACUUCUUGCCACAUUUUUUGAUCGGAACACACUCGCUAACAGCUGCGGCACCGGGAUCCGCUCUUCCACCAGUGACCCCAGCAGGAAGCCUUUGGACAGCAGGGUACUAAAUGCUGUGAAAUUGUAUUGCCAGAACUUUGCGCCCAAUUUCAAGGAGAGCGAGAUGAACGUCAUAGCAGCAGAUAUGUGCACUAACGCCCGCAGGGUACGUAAACGCUGGCUUCCCAAGAUAAAGUCAAUGCUGCCAGAAGGUGUGGAGAUGUAUCGUUCUGUGAUGGGUGCAACAGCGACUGGUGUCCCACUGGAAUCAGAAUUCCAGCCCACCCCAGCCCAGGUGUUCGAGCAACGCAUUUAUGCAGAGCGGAGAGGAGAUUCUGGCGCCAUAGUGUCCUUGAGAACUAACACAACAAACAUAGACCUCACCGCCAAUGCUAGUCCUCCGUUCGAACAGAGCCAGGAGGCUGAAGGAGCAACAGGGUCCGUCAUUCAGGAGGUAGGUGGCACUGAUCCGUUGACAUCGGACAACCCAAGCUCACCUCCAACUUCUUUCGAACAAGACGCCGGCUCCACCAGCAGGCCAGAGACCCCUGUGCGGAGACAAGAAGCUUCAUACAGUGGGACUUUAUAGAUCAUGAAGAAAAGCCAACAGGGAGUCCGCACGGUGACCUGUAAGGGAAGUUGUAAUUCUAGCGCUGCUUGCAUGCAUUACUAAUACGAAAAGAAAACAAAAUGUGAUCAGCCACUUACUUCAGAACUGCUAUUUUUGCCUGACUAAAAUGUGAUUUUUAUUCUGCUUGUAUUUAAAACAAAAACACUCAAAGAACAAAAAAAUUACAAAGGAAAAAUAAUCGCGUUCGUUAUACUGUAAACGAUCAGGUCGAAUGAGACCUGCUUAGUUAUAAAACAAAAUGGGCUCAUUUUUAAAAUGGAAUUUACUCUAAUGAAUGCAUAUAUUUGUUUUAUCUUCCACUCACAAAAGCACGUGUUUAAGAAAAAAAAAGUAAAAGUAAAAUCAGCACCGUUCAUUAAUCCAUUCAUGGUUUAAAUGGGACGUUACCAUCACUUAUCGUCUAUCAUCCUUCUAUUUUGGAGCAAGAAAUUUCUUGGGACUAUUGCAAUCUGCAAAGCAGGUUUAGGGGCCAUCAAAUGGCAAGUUUGUAUGACAUUGUGUAUUAAAAUGGAGAUAUUGGCCUUGUUUGCAAUUCACAUUUUUUUUAUUUUUUUAUUUAGAUUAGCCAAAAACUUCUAGUUUUGAGAGAGUGACGACUUUGAUAUAUCCACCUAGUAUCUCCAAGGGUGUAUAGGUGGCAACUAACAAGUUCUAGUUUGGAAGACCACCCACCAGUAGAAUUGAUCUUUGCUGGUUUAUCAAACCAAACAAUUAAAUAAAAGCCAGCAAGCUAUGUUACAUUGUUUUGGCUUUGUUACCAAUGUUGAAGUCAUGAUCUCGAUUUUUACUUUUGGAAAGUUUAACCAGGAAUUGCAUUUACAUGAAAAGUAUAAAAAAGUUGCAACAGAAAAUAGUUAAGUAUUUGCACUGUUACAAAUGUUCUUCUAAAAACCAAUAACAGAUUUUUUUCUCAUACACAGGAGAGAUGUAGUUAAAGAAGGAAUAUUGAACUUUUUUUUUCAUAAAAUAUAAAUAUCUAGUUAUUAGAGCAUUUGUUUGGGGAGAAUCUUAAAACGAAUCGUUGCAUGUAUUGAAAACCAUUUUAUGGUAAACUAUGAAACAAACUUAACAGUUUUAAUAGCUAGUUUUUUUUUUUUGUGGAGAUUUAACAUUGGAAGAAUUCCUUUCCUUGGGCUUAGUUGUUAAAAGGAAACCUCUAUAUCAAUGUUGUUUGACAGAUACAUGCUUGGGUAUAUUCACUGAUGCAAGUAGACUGAAUGCAACACACAUGGGUUUUGUAUUUACUGAGCUCUGAAUGGGUGGAUUUGUGCUUCUGGGAGGUUAAGGCAAAUAUGUCUCUUCAUGCACAAGUUGAAUUUUGAGACUUCAGGUUUUUAGAGUCCACUUAGUUGAGGUUCUUGAAUACUAUUUGGUCUUGGCUGCUGUAAGGUUCUGCUUGGUGAUUUGAGAUGAGAAUUGAAAAGGGCGGUACCUUCUUUAGGGCUUUCUGUAUCUGUACAGGUUCUAGGCCUUUUUACUUGAGGAUUUUGAAAAUGCUUUUAUACUUUUUUUUUUUUUUAUCCAUUAGCGAAUAAGAUGAUCUAAACAUGCCUAUGUUGUUAAAGGUUCUAGGUUUAUUAAAUUCAUGUCAAAAAGAAAGUCUAGCUAUUUCUGAGCAAUUGGAGGACAGUCUGGAUAAAGUACAGAUCCAGCCUAGAGGAGCUUUUGGCCUUCUUUUGUUCUUUCCUUUUUCACUGGAACAUUAUGUGUUUACCACACACUGCAUUUGUCAUGUAAAAUCAGAUUAUUGAUUUUUAUAUCAGUCUUAAUGCAUAUUUUAGAAAGUAUUCCCUUCUGCCUUUUGGAUAUCUCCCAAGCUGCCAUAAAUUAAUGGAGUUUGUUUUUGAUGCAUGCAUUUCCCAGAAUCCUCUGGGGUCCUACAGAAGAGGUAGAAUCAGGUCAUCAUCCGUUUAGACUUUCUCCUUUUGCUCAAAUGUGAAUACAAUUUUUGUUUGGCUUUAGAUGCAGAUUAAUUGCACUUUAUUCUAAAAAAAAACACUUAUAAUGUCCUAAAAGGCACAGAGCUUUGCAAAUGUAUUAUUUUGAAGAACAGAAUAAUUGAUGUGCACUUAGAUACAGAUAGUUUAUUAUAGAAUUAGUUACAAGGUACUUUGUUAAAUAUGGAAAGAGAAGAGAGUGAUUUCAGUUGUUGACUAUAUACCAGCGGAAAGAUAAGGUUAGCACAAUGCCGAUUCCUUGCCUUAAAAGAUCUACAGAAAUAGGGUAAAGGGACCACCAUAAAAAAUGUAGGACAGUGAUAAAUUACAACAAGGCUGAACAUCCUAUCAGUAGUUGCAGACCUUUAAGCGUGUUGUCACUUGAAGUUUUAAUACCUAAAAGGCGAAGUGCUCCCCAGCCCCUGGAUCUCAAGAGAGGCCAAGUGACAAUGCUCAGUUGUUAGCUGAGCACUAUUAAAAGCGUGUUAAAACUUGUUUAUGGAGUCUACAGCCAUUGUCAUGUUUGGAGCUCCAAGAAAAUGGUUUAGAAUGUAGAAAGAACUUAUUGUUCACAGCCAGUUUGUGAUCCUUGGUUGGCUUCCUAGGUUGUCAGAUUGUUUAUUAUCUGUAUGAAAACUCAACACUCGUGUGUUUACAAGAUUUAACUUUGAGGGUACAUUACUGGAUUAUUAUGAGCUUUGAUUAGUGAAGAUGGACACAUACCUUGCUAAAAACACCCAUAGCUAGGACAUAUUUUCCAUCCUAUAUGUAAAUAGGUUCUGACUUGUUUUUUUUUCGUUGCAAGGAUCAAACAGUCUAUGCAUUUUGAAUAUACAAAAAAUAUAUAUAUAUAUUUAGGACGAUAACAAAAUGGGAAAACUGAUUAUCAUGUGGUGUUUCCAAACAAUCAUGCUCUAACAUUUUUGGGCAUUUUAGCUGGCAAAGAUUCAAUUUAAGCUACUUAUCUACUUAACUAUGUUAAAUUUGGAUCAUUGGCUGGUUGUCAUUGAGCAGGCAAUAAAUAGGGCCAUUGGUCCCUGGUUAAUCAAUCCCAGUUAAGUUAUGUCCGGACCAAAUUAUUUUCCCUGAGCUAUAGCCAAAUGACCAGAUUAAGAAAAAAAAUCCCUCUUUUUACUUUACGGAUUGAUAUGAAUUGGGUUGUUCUUUCUGUAUACAAAUUGCUAGCCAUAAUAUGAAUUGUCUGAUAAAACACAACAUUAAUGAUUACAGGUACUUAGCAGUUUAGAAAUGAGAUUUAGGCACAAGCUAGUAGACUAUAGUCUAGGUAGAACAAUUGAAAAACAAGGUACCCUCUUUAGCACAGUGGACCUUGGGAAUGGUAUCUGCAGUGCAGGUAUUAAUGUAUUUGAAGAUCAAUAAAGGUUAAAACCAAAGCGGUAUUAAUCUGCAGAACUUAUGAGAAAGCACUUAUUAUAUUUGGAGUGAAAUGCGUGAGUGUGUGUAUUUUAAGUGAUCAGAUUUUGUGAAAACAGUGGCAGUUCCGGAGAAAGGCCUUGAAUGUAGAAUAUGUAUGUUUUUUAUGAAUGUUCUUUAAAAUCCCAAUUUCAGUCAAAACAGAAUGCUUUUGGGCCAUUUUGGCCUAGUGUAGAAUAAAAUUCACUUAUUGCACAGACUGUAUUAACAAAACUAAAGUGAUGUAUAGAGCAUAACUUGAUUUGGGGAGUUUGGAGAGGCACCUUGCACAAUGGGAGAGAAAUAUAUAUUUUUUAUUUACCUAAUUUCUUCCUGUACAUAUUUUAGUUUAGGAAAGCAGAAGAUGUAGGAUAAAACUGUUAAAAAUGUGAAUGGUAUAGGACUUGCUUAUCACAUGGUGAUUCAUGCAAGUCAUUUGCACUAACGUUUUCUGUGUGUCGAGAAUUAACGAUGUGAAAGACUGCGUGGAUGAUCAUUUCUCAUUUUGGAAAGAUUUUACAAAACAAAAAAUAAAAGGGGUGUUUAGAAUGUUCAGAGAACUUUGAUUGUAUAGGCUUUCCUGAGUGCCUUAUUUUAUUUUUUUUCCUUUUUGCUAAUAUGUGAAAAAUGAUUACAUUUCUUUUAUGUCUGUAGGUGGAAGCUCAAAUCAUUCUUCCUAAAGGGAUUAGUCAAAGUUUAUUAAAUCCCUCUUGUUUACAGCAGUAUAUUUGAUUAGCCAAAAGAAAAAUGUAGGCUAUUGUCUAGAAUUCGGAGUAGGUUCUGUACGAAACAAAAGUGAUUUUUCUUGUUUUCAAAUGAACAUUUCUUGCAGUCUUGGCAAUAUUAACAUGCCUGUGUGUUAUAAAAGCACUUUCCCCCUCCCAAGCGUUUCAUGGGAUUUUAAAGGAGAAUUAGUACACAGUCAUUUUUUUUUUUAAUUUCUUUGCAAAAAAAUAUUUAUUUGAUCCCCCCCAGCACAUCCUUACUUCUACAAAAUGCAAACGCAGAACAAAAUUGACAGAAUGAAUUAAAAAAAUACAGAAAUAGAAUGUAGCGUAUGUAUAUACUACAAUUCUAAAAAUAGCAUAUUUGGUGCAGAUUCUCCUUUAAACAGAUAUAGUUGGGUGAAACAAAGCCUGAACAUCCCGCUAUCUCAGUCUACACAUUUAGUUUUACAGUUUAACACUGUAUUCUAUGGUUACGUUGCAUUAUUAAAAGGUCAGAAUGACCUCUUGUCUUGACUCCUUUAUGUCUCACUGUGCUGCAAUUACCAACAGAUCAGAAAAUGUAUAUAUUUUACAUUUUUAGCUAGGCCUCCAGAAAAGAAUGAGUUCUGCUUAGUUCUUUGUGGGAGGUUAACACAGUGCCAAGUCUGGCUUUUUUUCCAAACUCAGAUGUUAAAAAGUAGAAAAGAAAUGGUCAGAGUGCAAUUUGCUAACCUGAUGUUAUUUAAAUGGUUUGUUUGUUUUGUUUUUUUUAGUACAUUUGACCCUUUUUUUUUGUCACUGUUGCCCUGGUUUGUUAAUUGGUGAUCCAAGAAUUUUCUUUUAAUUGCAACUUAAAGACCACCUUUACCUUUUUUUUGCAGUUAUAUCAUUUUGUGUGAAAUAAAAUGUUCAUAAAAAUUGUUGGCAAAAAAAGCUGAACAAUUUACAGAAGUCUACUUUUUAAACCUGUCUAAUCCAAGGACCGUGUCAUUUGGUUGUAUGUUUUGUGGAUCAGUUGACUACAAAGGGAUUUGUCAUUCCCACUUGUUGGGAAAAUUAAAAACAUUUUAGGGCAUGUACAUUACUGUAUCUGUAUUAUGUGAAGCACAUUAAUUUUAAAAGGUCAGUCCACCCAAAGGUGAUAUUAGUUAUUGGUGCAAUGUUUAAAUAAUGUUGCAGUUUAAAUAUGGCAAAACGUUGUGCUCCUUCUAUUUUACAAUGGCAAGUGCUACUUGUAAUUAAGACACAUACACAUCCAACAAAAUCUUUUAUAAAUUUCUUGCAGUGCUUCACCAAGCAAAAUAUUCUACACUUGUGCAAAAAGAUUGUAACUUGUGUACUCCUACUAUAAGUAAAAAUUCUGAUUAAAUAAAUAAUUUGACCUCACACUGCAUUUAUCAAGGCAGAAAUGUUUUCCAGGCACCUUACUACUUUGUGCAGGAGAUUAAUUCUUCCCAUAUCCCACACAUAGUAUGGACAUUGUGCUAUAUGCUUGAAGACGACAAACCUGCGCAUUACAGGAGUGCUCACAGGAAGAAAUGAUGAGGACUUUUUCACACCUGGAGCUUACAAUAAAUGCCCAUUCACCUCUAAAAACAGUGUAAGGUCAAAUAAUCUGUUACGUUGGAAUUUCUACCAAUGCUUUAUCGUCCAUUUUGCAUAAGGGUAGAAUGUGGUGAAUGGUGCUGGCUUUUCCCUCAUACUCCAUGAAGUCUCAUUGCUUGCUGCAUUCUCCAUAUUGUAUAAAAAAUGAACAAGGUGGACUGCCAAAUAACUUCCAUGGCAGAUGAAAAUAGAGUGAUAACUUUUUCAAGUCUGCGAGAGAUGCAUGAAUCAUUCUAUUAAAUUCUACCUAAAACUAAAACCUAACUUUUGGAUGGAAUAACCUUUACAUGUCUGAGCACAGUGGUACUGCAAAUGUAUAGGCAAACAGCACAUGAAAUGUUCCUGUCUGAAGUAUUGCAGAAGUAGCACUUUAAGUUAGGUAUCAAUAGAUUGCGAGAUGUCAGUUGGAAGGAUUCUGGCAAAAAAAUCCAGAUAAUUUUAGCCUGAUUAUAUGUGCUGCGUAGACACUCCUAGUGCCAGUCUUAUAUGAUAGUGGUGGAGGGAUAACAACCACUUUUCGGAUGGUAGUCUCUCUCCCUCAAGAUCAGUUGGCCAGGAGAUGUCCUCAGAGGUUCCAAUGUGUCCUCAACUAUACAAUUGUUUCCCAAACAGCGGAUUUAGAUGAUAAACAUCACACACUAAAUUUUUACUGGUUGGGAAGUGCAGUGCUAUCUCAUAUUAAAUAAUUACAACUUUUUAAGAGUUUGUAGAUCAAUAAAUGCCUCUUAUAGGAAGGAUGUCCUGCUCACUUCUGCUACAGCUUCUCUGAAAGCCAGCUAAACACACAGAAAAACGUCAAAAAAAAUAAGAGACGUCAAAGUUUUUUUUUUCACUAAAAUACACAUCUAAAAAAUACCUUGCUUUUAAGAGUGUAUAUUUUUUUUUCAAAUUAACAUUUAUCUUUGUGGGCCUUUAGCUGAGCAACUUGCCCCUGAUGAACAGAUAAUCAGCCAUCCUCAUGAAAGUUGGCACAAAAAUAUCUGCCUAUUUUUGGAGGUAGAUUAAACCUUGAGAAAAGUCAACAUUCAAUAACUGAAACCUCCAACUGGUUGAGUUCAAAUUAGUGUACCUAAGUGAUUAAACAUAUUGUUUAAUCAUCAAUGUACCCAAAUCUAGAUUGAUGUUUGGUGCCAGCUCAGAGGUCUGUUUUAAUUCCUAAAUGGAUUUGCACAUCUCCAUUGAGGAUACUUUUAUUUUUUUAAUUUAAUGUCCUCAAUGCUGUAUUUAAAUAACAUUGACCAACAGUUGAAUGUGCAGGACAACUCAUAAUAGCAGCUUGUUGUAAAGACCUUGAAUUAAUAGGUUUGCUUAAUUCCUUAAUAUUUGUAAGCAGACUAGAAAAUGUGUUAUUGGGAUUGGUUUAGAGAUACAUUUAUAAAAUUAUCAUCAUCUUUCCACUCAGCUAUCAAAACUCCACAAUUUAUGUCAAAUUUGGGCUUGACCUUUUGGAAAAUAUAAAAUGACAAUGACAUUCCACAGAGGGUGGCAAAGCACCUUAUUCAAAAUAUGUGGCCCCUUGUUAUGUCUUUGUCCAAGUAAGCACAGCUAAUGGACAUGCUGACUUUUACCAACAUAUUUGAGCGGGCAAACAUUGGGUCUUAUUUCAAGAAGUGCCUUCAGAUAAAAGGUGAUACACAGUGUUUGUGUCAUUUGUUUAAGUAUAUUUAAUUUCAUGAUCUAAAUUAACCAGAAUGCAGUUUUGUCAUAUAAAAAAAGCACAGCCCUACAGUUACCACCACUCGAACACCGUGAAAUUACAAUCAAGUAUUUCAUAAUAUGCCCCAAUGAGGUUGAUUUACUAAAGGCAAAUGGACUUUUUACAAGAACUUAGUAAAUUACAUCCAUCAUCGAAUCCUGUGCACACAUGUGGUCUUUGUUUUUUACUUUCCUUGCAUGUGAUGGAGUAUUAUUUGCCAAGUAAAGUUUCACCACGACCACUACUAGAAUUCCCUCGCAAAGUGAACAGCCUAUAUGCCUUUAGUAAAUAAACCCCAAUAAUAAGAAUCUCCUUAGGGUUAAACUUCUUAUUUAAGCCUCAGGUUUCUAGGGUCUGGUGUUCUUUGCUGUUGAUGCACGUGGUCUCAACAUGCCAAGAUCAAUAGAGCUUUUCAGACAUCCUUUAGAAGUGGUGAUCUUUUUAAUUCCCUUUCCAGACUUAUAAUGCAUACACAAAUUAUUUGAAAUAAUUCCACUGUCAGAAAAAUAAUCUUUAAAUUGUCAUAUAUUUCAAAUAACUGCUAAUAUGUCCAGGACUGAAUGGCUCCGACCAUUAAAGUCUCUAGGAACCCCAAAAUGUUAUUGCUGAAUUUGUGGAUAACUCUUGCAACACUUGGUAUCAAAGUGCAUGCAUGAAUGCAUGCAUGCAUCUUAAAAUCAGAAAGAUUGCACCAAUUGCAGUUUGUUCCAGAAGGUCAGGUUUUUGCCUAGACAUUCGAUGGCAAUGUAUAUGAAGAUUGAUUAUUCAAAGAUAGAAUUGUUUGGUCACGUUACAAUAGACAUGUUUGGCGCAAAUGAAAAAGACAGCAAAAGAAUCUCAUAACAACUGUGAAGUAUGUUGGGGCAAAUGUUAUGCUCUGGGUAUUCUUUUCUGCUUCAGAGCAGAUUGCAGCCAUCUCAACCAUACAUUGUGCAUCAUUUCGAAUUGUGCUUGAUAAGAAUGUGAUGCCAUCUGUCCAAACGUUGAACCAGAAAUUAGUCUUUCAACACCAUUAUAAUCUGAAGAACACUACCAAAUCCACCAUGGAAUGUUUAAAAAAAAAAAAAAAAAAAGAAGAAUAUGGGGUUAUCAAAACCAUGUUUUGAUUCCAUUUUGAUUUUGUAAGGGAUUUUAAAACUCACAGUUGAUGCAAGGCAACCUACAAAUGUCUUGCAACUAAAGAAAUUUAGCAUGGAGAAGUGGUUAAAAGUCAGUUUCAGAGAAAUUAAUCAAAAUGCCCACAAGAAAUCAUUCCUGCCUUCCACAAUACAUCCUUACAUCUAUUGUUAUUUUUGUUGAUUAAAUGAUUGAAAAUGUGCAAAUAUUUCUUGUUUGUAUUCCAAGUUGAUUACCUUUUAUUGGUCGGCACAGUUUUGAUAAAUAUCCAAAGUUUGCCUAUUCGAAUAUGUUGAAAUUGUUCAUUUCCAUGAGGUGUACUUAAUUUUCCUUAUGACUGUGUUUAUUUAACCAUGUUCUCCAACAGAUGGUAAAUUCAAGGCCUUUUACCUAAAACUUUUAUUUUUAUUUUGGGUGGAGGCAACAGUAUCAGCAUAUAAAGGUUAGUUUUAAAGCCCUGUCGUUAAGAUCCCCUCCAUAGUUGCUUCGGGAUUCUCCUCCCUUCUAUAUUAUUUCCUCUGCUGCUUCCUCUGUCUGGAUGUCAUCUGUGUAAGCAGCUAAGGGGAAGAGAUUACUGAAGGAACUUCAGUUCUGAAUUUUUACACAAGUGUUAAAAGUAGGUAUAAUGUUACACCCAGGCUGCUUACAUCACCUUCUACCAAGCCAUAAGAAGAUAUCUAAGAAGCCAUAGAUGAUUCAAUUCACUUUCCUUCCACAAUAGGUGAAAGGAAAGAAAAUCGUUCAUCAACACAAUCAGUGUUGAUGGGGGAAUGCCUGCUGCAGCAAUAUUGGCUAUUGUGUUCUGCCGAUAGGGAGCCUUCUCGACCAGCAGAACACAAUGAAUCCUGCUAGCAGCUAAUAGCCGCUGGCAGUAAUCGCAAGUAAAAACAAAAAGCAUUUAGGGUGCUUAUACCCAAGUCAAUUGAUAAAUCAACUUGGGUACAAUCGGCCUGCCCAUAAAAUGGAGCAAAUCUCAGAUGGUCACUGCUGAACCGGCCGAGAUUUGAUCCAUCUAUGGCCAGCAAUAUAUUAUUGUAAUAUAUUUAUUGUUUAGGAUGGAAAACUUCUUACCAGUUUAUUGUGGACUAGUUUAUAUUUUAUAUAGUUUCUAGUAUAUAAGCUUCUAGUUUAUAUUGUCCCUUCACCUCCUGUUCCAUUGUCAUAUGUCACUGGCACAAGAAGUGAAAAAAGCCAGAUAAGUUCGAACCUUCUCCUCUGUCCAAAAUGAAAAGUUUUGGCUGGAGUUGGGAUUUAAUUGUUGUUCUAUGUUCCUUCCAGCUGCCAUCUUUGCACUCCAACUACGUUUUGAGGUAGGUUGACACUCAUACAAUGCAAAGUGUUAUAUGGAUAACAUUUUACAAGCAGUUGAACUGAAUAUUAUUACAGACUAUAGUGAACAAAGUGUGGACAAGUAUAACAUAUACUAAAAAGCACAGCCACAAUUGAGCCACAUAUAUACUAAAUGCUGCACAAGGAUAAAAACAAAAAAAUCUAACACGGUAAUAUAAAACUAUUUAGCCCAUUUUCAUUUAAAAAUGUACAAAGUCCGACACCCCCACCCUUGCAAUUGUAUAACACACUCAGUUUAAGAACCAGUUACUAUUUUUAAUCAACUUCUUCCAUUCAAAGCAUUUUGCACAUGAUCUGUGAUUCAUUGUUAACACACAGAGACAAAAAAAGCCAAAACAUGCACUACUAUUUUUAGCAAAAUAAAAAGAAGUGUGGAGAUGUCUAAAUAUUUUUGACUUGCACAGUUGGAUGGCAUGUGAUUUCAAAUAAAACAUUAAUCCUUUCGACAGAAUGUUUAGGAAUUGAAGAAAGAUACACAGUUCUUUUUAACGCAUCUGUUUUAGAUACAAAGUAGUACUGUAUUUUAUGACUGUUAAACUUUUAUUUUUUAAGUUUGUGCUGUCAGAAACUUAACAGAGACACUGGUGAGUUAUUUUCAUACAGACGCUUUUUAAUUUUUUUGUUUUUGUUUCAUCCACUGGUACGUAUGUGCUGUUACUAUGUAUAGUUUAAGACUGUUAUUUUGUUACCAUGGUUGUCUGCUGAUAUCAAAAGUAAAGAGAGAAAAAAAUAGAAAUAAAAAAAGGGUAUCCAACAUUUCAACAGACGCUCAUAACUGUUUUUCAUAUCAUAAAACAAGGUUUUAAAGAAAACAGCUCCAUCAGAUACGGUCAUUAACUGUAAGAUGCUUUGUAAAAUUCACAUUUACAGAAUAAUAAAGUCAAUUGAAAAUUAA